AUGGCAUGUAACACACCUGACCAAAGACAGCGGACUAUGUCUACAUCUGGAGAAGCUCUAUAUGAAAUUCUUGGUCUGCAUAAGGGAGCAUCAAAUGAAGAAAUUAAGAAAACAUACAGAAAAUUGGCCUUGAAACACCAUCCAGACAAGAAUCCAGACGAUCCAGGUGCUGCUGAGAAGUUUAAAGAAAUCAACAAUGCCCACACAAUACUUACUGACACGUCAAAAAGAAACAUAUAUGACAAGUACGGAUCACUGGGACUCUAUGUGGCCGAGCAAUUUGGAGAUGAAAACGUUAAUACCUACUUCAUGCUGUCAAGCUGGUGGGCAAAGACUUUGUUUGUCAUCAUUGGCCUCUUGACCGGCUGCUAUUUUUGCUGCUGUCUGUGCUGCUGUUGCAACUGCUGCUGUGGACGCUGCCGGCCUAAAUCAUCGAUGCCAGAAGAGGACUUCUAUGUGUCCCCAGAGGAUCUUGAGGAGCAGAUCAAGACUGACACAGAAAAAGAUAUGGACUUUCCAGUUGUCCUCCAGCCUACAAACGCAAAUGAGAAAACACAGCUAAUCAGAGAAGGACCUCGAAGUUAUUGUACAGACUCUUAA